GGAAGGGCGGGUGCCGGCGCCAGCGCACGCGCGCCACGUUCCCGGGAAGAAAGGUUGUCGGGCCGACCAAAGCUGGCUUAGUGUUUCGGGAAGGACCACCUGGAGUGUGUGUGAGCUGCUGGGACGGACUAGAGGAAGAGGGCACCAUGGCGGCCCUCCUGCUGCUGCUGCCCCUACUCUUGCUGCUGCCCCUGCUGCUGAAGCUAGACCUCUGGCCUCAGCUGCGCUGGCUGCCCGCCGACCUGGCCUUCACAGUUCGCGCCCUCCGCUGCAAAAGGGCCCUUCGAGCACGCGCGCUGGCCGCAGCGGCUGCCGACCCGGAGAGCCCUGAGAGCGGGUGCAGUCUGGCCUGGCGUCUCGCGUACCUGGCCCGGGAGCAGCCGACACACACCUUCCUCAUCCACGGCGCGCAGCGCUUUAGCUAUGCGGAUGCAGAGCGCGAGAGCAAUCGGAUUGCUCGCGCCUUCCUGCACGCACGGGGCUGUACCGGGGACCGCCGAGGCUCGGGCAGGGGCAGCACUGAGGAAGGCGCACGCGUGGCGCCUCCGGCUGGAGACGCGGCUGCUGGAGGGACGACCGCGCCCCCUCUGGCACCCGGGGCGACCGUAGCGCUGCUCCUCCCAGCCGGCCCGGAUUUCCUAUGGAUUUGGUUCGGACUGGCCAAAGCUGGCCUGCGCACGGCCUUCGUGCCCACCGCUUUACGCCGAGGGCCCCUGCUGCACUGCCUCCGCAGCUGCGGUGCGAGCGCGCUCGUGCUAGCCACAGAGUUCCUGGAGUCCCUGGAGCCGGACCUGCCGGCCUUGAGAGCCAUGGGGCUCCACCUAUGGGCGACGGGCCCUGAAACUAAUCUAGCUGGAAUCAGCAAUUUGCUAUCGGAAGCAGCAGACCAAGUGGAUGAGCCAGUGCCGGGGUACCUCUCUGCCCCCCAGAACAUAAUGGACACCUGCCUGUACAUCUUCACCUCCGGCACUACUGGCCUGCCCAAGGCUGCUCGAAUCAGUCAUCUGAAGGUUCUACAGUGCCAGGGAUUCUACCAUCUGUGUGGAGUCCACCAGGAGGACGUGAUCUACCUCGCACUCCCGCUGUACCACAUGUCUGGCUCCCUUCUGGGCAUUGUUGGCUGCUUGGGCAUUGGGGCAACCGUGGUGCUGAAACCCAAGUUCUCAGCUAGCCAGUUCUGGGAGGAUUGCCAGAAGCACAGAGUGACAGUGUUCCAGUACAUUGGGGAGUUGUGCCGAUACCUUGUCAACCAGCCCCCGAGCAAGGCAGAGUGUGACCAUAAGGUGCGCUUGGCAGUGGGCAGUGGGUUGCGCCCAGACACCUGGGAGCGUUUCCUGCGGCGCUUUGGACCUCUGCAGAUACUGGAGACGUAUGGCAUGACAGAGGGCAACGUAGCUACGUUCAACUACACAGGACGGCAGGGUGCAGUGGGGCGAGCUUCCUGGCUUUACAAGCACAUCUUCCCCUUCUCCUUGAUUCGAUAUGAUGUCAUGACAGGGGAGCCUAUUCGGAAUGCCCAGGGGCACUGCAUGGCCACAUCUCCAGGUGAGCCAGGCCUACUGGUGGCCCCAGUGAGCCAGCAGUCCCCGUUCCUGGGCUAUGCUGGGGCUCCGGAGCUGGCCAAGGACAAGCUGCUGAAGGAUGUCUUCUGGUCUGGGGACAUUUUCUUCAAUACUGGGGACCUCUUGGUCUGUGAUGAGCAAGGCUUUCUUCACUUCCACGAUCGUACUGGAGACACCUUCAGGUGGAAGGGAGAGAAUGUGGCCACAACUGAAGUGGCCGAGGUCUUGGAGACCCUGGACUUCCUUCAGGAGGUGAACAUCUAUGGAGUCAUGGUGCCAGGGCACGAAGGCAGGGCAGGCAUGGCGGCCUUGGCUCUGCGGCCCCCGCAGGCUCUGAACCUGGUGCGGCUCUACAGCCAUGUUUCUGAGAACUUGCCACCAUAUGCCCGACCUCGGUUCCUCAGGCUCCAGGAAUCUUUGGCCACUACUGAGACCUUCAAACAGCAGAAGGUUAGGAUGGCCAAUGAGGGCUUUGACCCCAAUGUACUGUCUGACCCACUCUAUGUUCUGGACCAAGAUAUAGGGGCCUACCUGCCCCUCACACCUGCCCGGUACAGUGCCCUCUUGUCUGGAGACCUUCGAAUCUGAGACCUUCCACUUGAGGGAGGGGCUGGGGGGGGUACAGGCCACCAUGGCUGCACCAGGGAGGGUUUUCGGGUAUCUUUUGUAUAUGGAGUCAUUAUUUUGUAAUAAACAGCUGGAGCUUAUCUGGC